GCCAGCGUGUGGUGGCUUUCUGCACAGUUACAGAGCUCAGUGAUCGCAGAUCAACGCUAUGAACCUGCAGCUCCUCACUGGAAUCUUUUCAGCAAAGCCCUUCUCGACUAGCUCCAACAGGGAACUGCAAAGAGGAGCAUGAACUGUGAUCUUCAGACCUUUAUCCAAAACAUCGACUUCUGUCCAAGCUAUACACUAUCCAGAGCACUAUGAUUAGUGAUGCAUCAAGUGCAGCAGAGGUGUACGGGGACAGUGCCUCAGUGUUGUCUCAGGAUUCCAGUGUAUUCUUCAGUGAACCGCCUCCACCAUCUGACAAUCCGCUUGACUUCUUCAUCAUUAAUGUCGGAGGAAGCCGCUACAUUCUCUCUCAGGAGCUGCUGGCCUCGCACCCAGAGACACGCCUGGGCAAGCUGGCACUCUCCACCCGAGAUUCGGCUUUAGACUUGUGCGAUGACGCAGACUUUCUGGAAAAUGAAUACUUCUUUGACCGCAAUUCUCAAACCUUCCAAUACAUCAUGAACUUUUAUAAGACAGGCCAUUUACAUGUUAGAGAGGAACUGUGUGUGUUCUCGUUCCUGCAAGAAAUCGAAUAUUGGGGUAUUGAUGAGCUCCGCAUAGAUCACUGUUGCAGGGACAGGUACUACCGCAAGAAGGAGAUGAAGGAAUCCAUAGAUAUUGAAAAGGAUGUUGAAAUGAAUGGUGUGGAGGAUGACUUCAGUGGAGUACUGUGUGAGGACAUUCGCCGGCGUCUCUGGGACCUCAUGGAGAAGCCAGAUUCGUCCAAGGCAGCAAAAACGUAUGGGACAUUGUCCAUGUUCUUUGUGAUCGUGUCCAUCGUGAACAUGGCUCUGAUCUCUCUGGACUUUACUAUCCUUGGUGCACCUGUCUUGGAUAUUCUUGAGUACAUCUGUAUUGUGUGGUUCACAGGGGAGCUGGUGCUCCGUUUCUUGUGUGUGAAGGACAAAUGUAAAUUCAGCAGAAGUGUGGUGAACAUCAUUGACCUGCUGGCCAUCCUGCCUUUCUAUAUCACCCUGGCAGUGGAGAAUCUGCAUGGUGGGUCAACAGAAUUGGAGAACGUGGGACGAGUAGUGCAGGUCCUGCGACUGAUGAGGUCUCUCCGAAUGCUGAAACUUGGACGUCAUUCCACAGGUCUGAAGUCUUUGGGCAUGACGAUCGCUCAGUGUUAUGAGGAGGUUGGCCUGCUGAUGCUCUUCCUUUCUGUGGGCAUUUCCAUCUUCGCCAUGGUGGAGUAUGCCAUUGAGCAUGACAUGCCUGAGACUACAUUCACCAACGUGCCUUGUGCCUGGUGGUGGGCCACGACAUCCAUGACCACCGUGGGCUAUGGGGACAUCCGCCCAGACACGGCCGUUGGCAAGGUCAUAGCCUUCAUCUGCAUUCUCUCAGGCAUCCUUGUCCUCGCCCUACCCAUUGCCAUCAUCAAUGACCGCUUCUCAGUCUGCUACUUCACGCUGAAGAUGAAAGAGGUAGCGCUACGGCACAGUGAGGCACUGAAGCGUCUGAAACGCAACUCAACGUCAGAGGCAUUGCAGCCAGCAGUAGGGCUCAACGUGCGAGAUGCCUAUGCCCGCAGUGUGCUAGAACUGCUGCGGAUGUACGGCAGAGAGAGGACGAGCACGCGCAGCAGCGCAGGAGAAGAUGUCUGGUGAUAGUGGGACACAAUGGAGAAAACUUACUGAAGUGAAAUCAGUAAUGUCUAGAAUGUUUAUUUAAAAUGUGCUUACUAACUUUUACUUCCAUGUAAUAAAUCUAAUACUUUCUGCAUACAAGCGUGGCAUAGAUUUUUCUUCAGUGCAUCCAGUCAUGUUGAGCAAGGAUUUAUCAUUCAGUUUUAUUUCCCAUUUCUUUUUAUUUCACUUGCAAUAUUUUGUUCGACGUCAGAGAGUCACCCAUGAUAGUGAAGCCAUAUGAAGCUGAAGAGAGAAGCAGGGCAUUAAAAAUAUAAAAAGGCAUGACAUCCAUUUAAGCUUCAGUUCGUUAGAUGCUCCCUCUUUUACAGGAACACACUCUUGAUAUUUAUAGAUUAGAGGCGGUUUGGCUUUCCCACUGCAAAUUGCUGGACAUACAGUGGGGUCCAAAAGUUCUGAAACCACUAAUGAAUAUACUCUUAUUUAGCAUUCUUUUCUUUACAAAAUUUUUCAUUACAAAUUAUUAUUAUUGUUAUAAGCAACAGUGUGAAUGAAAAGUAGAAUCUUGGAAGUAUUUAGAAUUUCUUAGUAUUUGGUACUCAUACAUGCAACAAAUAGUGAGUUGUUAAUUUUUUUCUUGUAUCUUUUUGUUUGCUUUGUAAUUUUCCUGCUCUACUUCAUGUGAUACAAUCCAGAUAUUUAUUAUAAGACUGAUCAGAGGAUGGUGGGUGAACAGGCAGCCUGCCCAGGUUGAGGUAUAAAUAGAAUGCAUUUGAAUGUGUUUGAUGCACAGGGAUGAGGGUUUAUCUAUUCCCCAGAUGACCAGCUUCUCCUUCAACCUGCCGUCCAAGCAGCACCAACAAGAGGACAUUGCCUAUAUAAUUAGAUGAUACUGGUUGUCUGGAUUUGUACAUGUGUAUGCAUGAAGGAAACAGCAAGACAGAAGAGACAAACAGACAGAAAGAGUCAGAAAGGGAACAAGAGAAGACCUCAGGGAGACACCACUUGCUUCAAGCUGUUGUUCAAAAGGACUUUUUUCUUUGUCAGAAUAUUCCUGCUUCACACAUAAGGAACAGACCUGACCUAGCAGACUGUAAUCUAUGGUUCUGUUUUUCCCUAUGAGAAAUUAAACAGACUAGAGCACUGAAUCCUUCCUUUCACUGUAAAGAAUAACAAUUUGACGCUGAUGCCACAAACCAGAAGCACCAUUUGCUUUUUCAAGACAGAGAUGAGAAAAAGAACUGUAAACAAUUUAAUCUAAAUGGUGGGAAUCGAGGCAGGAUGCCAGAUACAUACACACUUUAAUGGUCAUGGAGCAUGGAUUGCUUGGCUAACAGUUUUCCAAAGGCUUUAGCAUACAUCUUUAGCAUACACAUCUUGAGGCUAGCAGCUGUGUUGACUGUACAGUGAAUAAUGUCAGGAAGAAAACCUGGCUGUGUACUCUACCUUAUUUUAAAUAUUGCCAUAGUCUAUGAACACAACAACAAUAAGCCAACAGUAUAUAAACCUGCAUGGUGUUAAGGGGAUGAG